GCUGAUCUCCGGCUGAUUCUCGCCACUGUCACACGGUAUCUCUCGCGAGUCAACCCCUUCGUCCUCUACUGCAUUCUUAAUCUCCUUCCGAGGCCGCAUCUCGUGCGUUUCUCGUCCACCAUCUCGCGCUCAUCGCGACACUUUGCGAUUUCGCUCCUUAAAUUCCAUCGAGCCGCUCUGUUUCCGUCAAUCUCGGUCGUACGCGGAAUUCCGAUAACGCAUCCUCGUACAAACGCGCAGUCUAUCUUACUCCUCGUGCGCUCAUCGUGCGCUUAUCGUGCAAGGAGUGAACGCGCGACUAAGCCGAAAGGCUCCUUGUUCCGCAACGCCGACGAUUUUUCCGACACCUUCGCGGCGACACCUUUCGCUCCUUCGUUUCCUCAGCCCAAAAAUGAUGAGCUCAACAUUGGUGAUCCUUGUGUCUGUGACGACCGUGGCGAUUCUGUCCGGCGAAGCUUCCGCCGCGCUGCCCACUCAGUGCAACACGGGAUUUCUCGAGGAGCUUCCGCCCAGACUACGUAAACUUUGCUUCGCUAUUGCCAGAUUAUGGGACGCCAGGGACGUGAAUGACUUUGUCGACGACAGUGAAUAUCGAGAGAACUUGCCCCGAUACGCCAGCGGUGUCAAGAGGCAAGACGUCGAUCAUGUAUUCUUGCGCUUUGGAAAACGACGUUAGAAACGGCAUCACACCCUGCUCUGUAUUCGCAAGCGAUGGACGAUUAAGUUCCCUUUAGAUCGUUCGAUCGUCUCGUCAUCUACUCGUAGGACAUUUGUCGAAUGUAAAAAACAAAAAAAAUAUUUACAACCGUCGCCAACAGAUGAUCGCCUAAAUUCCAUUAAUGUUGAACAAUCUGGCCUCUUUGGUGAUUUUCAUUCUUACUGCGCACAAACAGCGUUUAGAGAACAAAUUGAUACCCCCGAGCGUUGAAUCACUGUAACAGUAAGUAUACUUUGCUGAAUCUGAAUUUUAAGCGUAUUAGCGCAAUUCAUUCGUUCUCUUUCUUCGAGACAAGGCAGACUUUAAUUAAACGUGUAAGUUAGCUAAACGUAUUAUAUGUAUUAACAAUCAAAAUGUUCCAUUUGUUGAACAUAUAUUUUACAGGCAAGAUGAU